AUUACUCUCCCUAUAUAUAUAGAUAUGAAAUGAGUCAGCAUUUCCCCCCUCACCACCACCCACCACUAAUAUUAAUAUGGCGGAGAACAGCCUGAAAAUCCGCAUCCGGCGCAUGCUCCGAUCAUGCAAAUCCAAAGACCAAAUCUCCGACGUGGUUGCGCCGUCUCAUUUCUCCCCACGAUUCAGCUACGCACUCCUCUCUCCCGACGUCGUCAAUGGUCGAAAAUGCCCCCCGGCCUCCCCCAUCAUCAACAACUUCUACGAUUUCCCGAGGGGCAAAAGAGGCAGGAGAAAAGCGCGUUACAAAAAGCGGGCUUUCGAUAACCGAUUUCCCGAUUGCAAGUAUGUCAACGGGCUGUUUAGCAGCGACGGCGAGUACGAAGACGACACGUGGCAAAUGCCAUCCACGGUGGAGGACAGCUUGGCGGUGGUGAAGCGCUCCAGCGAUCCGUACACCGAUUUCAGGAAUUCAAUGGUGGAGAUGAUUGUAGAGAAGCAUAUCUUCGCUGCUUCGGAUUUGGAGAAUUUGCUGCGCUGCUUUCUCUCUCUCAAUUCAUACCAUCACCAUAAUCUUAUUGUUCAGGUCUUUGCUGAGAUUUGGGAAGCCUUCUUCUCCUCUAAUCAUCAUUAAUUCAAUUAUCAUCUUUUAUUCCACCAUUACUUUGAAACUGAAUCAUGGAGUUAUAAUAGAAAUAUUUGUUUGUA